AUUAUUCUUUUGCACGACUUGUAGUUAGUUUUUAUGUAGUAGUUCGUAUUUGGAAAAUGUUUGCAAUGGAAAAUAGUCAAAUUUCUUCGUAUAUAUUGCCAGACAUAGUAUCGAUAAUGGGUUCUUUUAUUAUUUCUCUGGCGUUGGUAUCAUUCGUCCAACCACGCGUUCAAGGUUUCGAUUGCAAAAACAUUUCAAUAAGGUAUCCACAGAAGCCUUCAACUAUAAGCGCGACAACUUUGCUUAAUUCGUCUUUAGGUUUACCAACCUGCUUUAUCGUUGGGCUGGAAUCGAUAAUCCAAUGGAAGAAAAAGCCGCAAGGUCCUAACAAAACAGUCUUCGCCCUGAAACUUUUCAACACGAUCGCAGUUUUCUACACGGCGUUCAACAUGCAAUUCACCAUUGGGACCUUGUUAAAAUUGAUCGCGGGAGAACCCCGGCCGUAUUUCCUCGAGGCGUGUGAGCCGAAUGUCGACUGUUCCGACCCUGCAGUCAAUUCUCGUUUCGUCAACGUGUACAACUGUACAGGCGACAAGUCGACAGUCCGUCGAGCCAGAGGUGGAUUUCUAUCCGUGAAAACAAGCAGCAUGACGACAUCAAUGGUCUACAUUGCUUUGUUAACAGAAGUGAAGUUGCAAUUUAAAGAGAUUUUCCUCGGAAAGCUCUUCUUGCAGUUUUUAUUCGUUUCGAUCGCUUUAUUCAUAGGAGCAAGCAGGGUUGUCGAUCAUGAACACAAAUGGGCUGAUGUGGUCUUAGGUUUCUGCCUAGGCACUGCGACCUCUAUCGCCGCGGCUUUCGCCACGAACUGGUUUCAACAAAAUAUUUCCGUUAUCGACGAAACGACAAACCAAUUUCCGGAUGACAACAAAAUGAAAGUAACGAAAGGGCACCUGAAAAAAGGCUUUCACAUGCAUACGAAAAAAGGUUUCAGUAAGAGCCCAAGAGGAAGCAUAAAACCUUCCCCUGAGAGACAAUUAAAAGGUCUCAUAGUUAAAAAGAAUAAAGUAGUCCCGGUUAGAAAAUUAAGCUAUCACGGUAAAAGACAUUCCAAACGAGAUUCAAUGAAAACCGCACGCCUUUCAGCUCAAAACCCAAUAGACGACGAACCAUUAUUACAGUAAAAUUAAAAAUUCAACGAUUUGGAAAAACUACUUGAAAUAAAUAUCUUUCAGCUUUC